GUGAAGUGAAGAGUAUUUUGAGGCAAAACUAGAAAAGAAUAGUUAUUUAGUUGUGUUGUGUGUCUCUGUGUGUGGCAUACAGUCAGUGCACAGUCUAUGCCAUAGUCUAUGGUAUCUAUUGCUGGCAAACCGUAGUCCAAAGCCAGUCGACGGCGCAUAAGCCUCAGGCCAUACAAGUGCUGACUGUUUGGCAUAACUUUUUAGCAAAUAAAAAGAUUUUGCCUUCGCUUGUACCCCGUCUUCAGUUUGUUUCACAUCAAUGUUUUGGUGAACUUCGCCACACAUUUCAUAUGGUCUUCAAAGGCGUGUCCGCAUAACCGCAUUCAUCGCUCCCAUCCCUACCAUCCCUUACGAGCUUUGCUGCCGUUUUUAACCUUAAUCUCCGCCUCUACUAAACCCAAUGCUAAACUUUUGGUCAUUUGUUUUGCUUUACAACUAAUUCAACGGCCAGUGUAUGAGCCAAAUGUGACACAACUCUCAGCCCUCAGUCCUUACAAUUAGAGUCUCAUUGCACUCAACACUCGUAUAAUAUAUACAUUCAUACCAUUCAUUCAAAACAACUUUCUAUGAGUUCUUUGUUUCGUUACAUUCAGUCAAUUGUUUUCAACUCUUUUGAAGCAAAUGUUUGAAUGUUUUUGUGAAUUAAGAAAAUUAUAAUUUUCAUAAUAAGUGAAUAAAAUAUGUAAUUAUAUGGAAAAAUCUUUAUGAAUUGAAUUAAUUAAGCAAAAAAAGUGAACGCAAAGCUAUUAUUAAACAUAAUUCAAAAGUUGUUAAUAUAUUAGCGCUGAAGACAAGACUGAGCGCCAGAACCGGAAACAGUGUUUAAGUGAAAACUCAAUCUCUAAUAAAUGUGUGUAAAGAAAGCGAAAGAAAAUUAAAAUUGCAUUCAAAGAGAGAGUCAUUUGUCUAAAUGUGUUCCUGUAUUGAAGUGAUGUGAAUGACUGAUGCAAUUGAAACCAAAAACAAUCGACUCUUUUCACUAAUAAACUAAAAGUAUGUGAAGUCUGAGCGAGACAUCAGUUUGUAAGUGAAGUGAAGUACAGUUUAUGCGGUGUAUUGCGCACAGAGAGCACAGGGAGCACAGGGAGCACAGGGAGAGAGACAGAGUAGAGUGGAGUAGAGUUGUUGUGUUUGUGAGUUAGACUUAGUGAGCGUUUUUUGUAUACGUUUUGUGACAUAUUAUCGAUCGGCCAGAGAGUGAGACAGAGAGCACAUCCCUGUCUAGUGUUGGCCACCAUUCACUACCAUUGAAUACCAUUGAACAGCACAUCUCCUCCACAUCUGUUACUCGCUUUCACUCGCUUUUUAUGGACUAAACUGUGAUUGUGAUGAGAGAGACCAUCUCUUUCUUGUAAUCAUCUCAAAGUGUGUUGUUUUUGUCAAUUGUCCGCAAUAUUCAUGAUAUUUAUUUCAAUACAAGCGCUAUAUUUGCAUCAAACAAAUCGCAAACAAAACUAGAAAAUUGUAGAAAUCAUGUAUAACUCACGACAUCCGGGUCCCCCACAGGCCGGACAGCCAUUCAAAUUCACGGUAACGGAAACGUGUGAACGAAUCAAAGAGGAGUUCAACUUUCUUCAGGCCCAGUAUCACAGUUUGAAACUAGAAUUGGAAAAACUCGCGACAGAGAAGACAGAAAUGCAAAGACAUUACGUUAUGUAUUAUGAAAUGUCUUACGGAUUGAAUGUCGAAAUGCAUAAACAGUAUUAUGAAAUGUCUUACGGAUUGAAUGUCGAAAUGCAUAAACAGCCAUUCGUAAGCAUUGCAGACAUUUGUAGAGAUAGUAGGCUUUGGAGGCAUCGGUCGCUCAUUCCGAUGAACACACAUAAGAGUGGAAGCGAUGCAAACAAAAAGCCAAUACUUUUCGUACAGAAUCUGUACUACAGAUUGCUAUUUAGGGCUGAAUUACUGGUUGAGGCGAUGGUUGAAGUAUUGACUAAAAAGCCGUACACUGAAUGUGAGAUCAAUGUGUUGUGUCACAGACACAGACACCAGAGAGACUCCAUAUGUCAUACGCUAAGCAUAUCAGUGUUGGCUUGCGAUGUGUCGGCGCACAACACACUCAACACACUCGCGAUUAUUUCGACAACACAAUUCGUGCAGGGAGGAGGCCCUGGAGUCGGCCAAGCCAUCACACUUUCCCUUAUAUUCAAUUCAACGCAUAUCUCAAUCAUAUUACGAUGUCAUUUGACGGGGGCUGGUAUGCGAGCGUCGGACUCAGUGUCCGUUCAAUAUGUAGAGAACAGGCAUGAUGAGAGGGAGACGGGAGGGAAGAGGGAGAGGAGUAGAGAUGAUAGGGACUAA